ACGAAAUCGCAACCUCUUCUAAGUUCUUGAACGGAUUUCAAGAUCUUCCAAUUCCCUGCAUAGGGCGGAUCGGAAUUCUGAAAUUCAGUUUUGGCUUCAAGAGAAUUGCUCUUAAAUCCCGAGGCCCGAGUUUUAAGCUGCGCAUAAAAAUUUCCCACCUUCGCGUCGCUCACGCGCCAACGAACCCUCUCCCAGCCACCCCCAUUACCUCCAAUUGCUCCCAAUUCGAGCACAUUCCUCUCACAACCCCAAUCCGAACACCCCCCCCAAAUUCCACACUCAUAGCGACGCGCUCACCUCGCAAUAUGUCGCAAGCUCAGCGCAUGCGCCAGAACCUAGGCGAAGCAUCGACACCCGGCUCCGCGCGCAAGAGAGGACGACCAGGCGGAAAGAGCGUACCUGUCGAUAUGGGUCCCAAGAAGGCGGGAAAGAGACUUAGUACGGGUGGCAAGGGGAAGGGGAAGAGAGUUAGUACUGGGAAUGCGAUUGAACCAGGAGACCCGCUUCCUCAUAAUAAGAGAAAACACCGGUUUAAGCCUGGUACCCGCGCGCUUCAGGAGAUCCGGAAAUACCAGCGCUCUACGGACCUCCUAUUGAGGAAACUGCCAUUUUCGCGUCUCGUUCGAGAGAUUGCUUUGACGUUGCGGCCGGCGGGUGAGGGCAUGAGAUGGCAGAGCCAGGCUAUUCAGGCAUUGCAGGAGGCAUCGGAGGCGUUCUUAGUGCAUUUAUUUGAGGACACAAACUUAUGUGCGAUACAUGCGAAGAGAGUGACGAUCAUGCAGAAGGAUAUUCAACUGGCGAGAAGAAUCAGGGGUGCGUGGGGUGGUCUGGGUUGAGCUUGGGAGACGGGUUUUCUGCCAUUAUUUUGCUUGUACGAGUGUUUUGCUCCAAGGCGUUUAGGGAUGGCUGAUGGGAAAGAGCGGCCAUGGAAACAACGUCCGUUGAGCGUGUUAACUUUGUAUAAUGAAACGAAUAAAGUUGAGGUCAAUGUACUCCCGAUUCCCU